GCCUGCCCUACGGAAGCCUGCGAGGGAGGGUGGUGACCGCUGCCCCGUCCAAUUGUCCCGAUGCCCAGUGCCAGCGCAAGCCGCAGGAGUCAGGAGAAGCCGCGGGAGAUCAUGGACGCGGCGGAAGGGCGCUUGGAGGCCUAUUGUAACAGAAGCGUGUCCCAGGGUGGGGUGGACGUGGAGCAACAACUGUCCCGGAAGUAGGAGCGGCUGGGGUCACACGUGCCUGGGUUAGGCACGUCCUUCACGUAAUCUGCCCCGUCUUGUAAAAUUGUAAUGUCCACUUGUAGUCGAUUUCUCUUCUCAGCUCUCAUGUUCCUAAUGUUUUUACAGGAUUAUGCUAAAGAAAGAUAUGGAGUAUCUUCAAUGAUACAGUCACAAGAAAAACCAGAUCGAGUUUUGGUUCGGGUUAGCGACUUGACAGUACACAGAGCUGAUGAAGUUGUUUGGGUGCGUGCAAGGGUUCAUACAAGUAGAGCUAAAGGGAAGCAAUGUUUCUUAGUCCUACGUCAGCAGCAGUUUAACGUCCAGGCGCUCGUGGCGGUGGGAGACCAUGCAAGCAAGCAGAUGGUUAAAUUUGCUGCCAACAUCAACAAAGAGAGUAUCGUAGAUGUAGAAGGUAUUGUGAGAAAAGUGAAUCAAAAAAUUGGAAGCUGUACACAGCAAGAUGUAGAGUUACAUGUUCAAAAGAUUUAUGUGAUCAGUUUGGCUGAACCCCGCCUGCCCUUGCAGCUGGAUGAUGCUGUUCGGCCUGAGGUGGAAGGAGAAGAGGAAGGAAGAGCUACUGUUAACCAGGAUACAAGAUUAGACAACAGAGUUAUUGAUCUCAGGACAUCAACUAGUCAGGCAGUCUUCCGUCUCCAGUCUGGUAUCUGCCAGCUUUUCCGAGAAACUUUAAUUAACAAGGGUUUUGUGGAGAUCCAAACUCCUAAAAUUAUCUCAGCUGCCAGUGAAGGAGGAGCCAAUGUAUUUACUGUGUCCUAUUUUAAAAAUAAUGCAUACCUGGCCCAGUCCCCACAGCUGUACAAGCAAAUGUGUAUUUGUGCUGAUUUUGAGAAGGUUUUCUGUAUUGGACCGGUAUUCAGAGCUGAAGACUCAAAUACCCACAGACAUCUAACUGAAUUUGUUGGUUUGGACAUUGAAAUGGCUUUUAAUUACCAUUACCAUGAAGUUGUGGAAGAAAUUGCUGACACCUUAGUACAAAUAUUCAAAGGACUCCAAGAAAGGUUUCAAACUGAAAUUCGGACAGUGAAUAAACAAUUCCCAUGUGAGCCAUUCAAAUUUUUGGAGCCAACUUUAAGACUGGAGUAUUGUGAAGCAUUGGCUAUGCUUAGGGAAGCUGGAAUCGAAAUGGGAGAUGAAGAAGAUCUGAGUACACCAAAUGAAAAACUGUUGGGUCGUUUGGUGAAGGAAAAGUAUGAUACAGAUUUUUAUAUUCUUGAUAAAUAUCCAUUGGCUGUCAGACCUUUCUAUACCAUGCCUGACCCAAGAAAUCCCAAGCAGUCCAACUCUUACGAUAUGUUCAUGAGGGGAGAAGAAAUACUGUCAGGAGCUCAGAGAAUACAUGAUCCUCAGCUGCUAACAGAGAGAGCCUUACAUCAUGGAAUUGAUUUGGAGAAAAUUAAGGCAUACAUUGAUUCCUUCCGCUUUGGAGCCCCUCCUCAUGCUGGUGGAGGCAUUGGAUUGGAACGAGUCACUAUGCUUUUUUUGGGAUUGCACAAUGUUCGCCAGACCUCAAUGUUCCCCCGUGAUCCCAAACGACUCACUCCUUAAAGAAAGCUGUGCUGUUUUUAUUCUUUCCAGUAACCUGCUAUUGAUCAGGCUAUUCCUUAAGCUACUACAAUGGAGUAUAUGUUUUAUCUAAAGUGCCACAGUUACUUUGGAUUAAUUCAAUGUAGGUUACUUUAAAAGAGAAGAUUUUUAUAACUUUGGACAUGCUUCAGUAGGAAAUGGUUGAACAUUUUAAUGAAAAAUUCAUAUGGUUAUGUUAAAAAAUUCAUAUUGCAUUACUACAAUAAAUGUUAACAAUUUUAAACAGUUCAGAUUGUGUAAGGUUUUUUUUUUCUUUUCUAUUUUACAGUGGCUAUAUUAAUGUCUUAAAUUUUCAAUAUUUGGGCUUAUUUUUUUAAAUUCUGACAUUGAAAUAACAGUUUCAGGGAACUGAGAUUUUAAUGAAUGUAUAAUUGACAUAUUAUGGAAAAUUAAGCAGAAAGUAUCAGUUCUUUAAAGUUGUUCCCAGAAAUCAUGUAAAGCAGGUGAAAAUACUGGUUAGAAAAUAUUCAAAAUAAUGCUGUCUUAAAUUGUUAAAUUCUGAAUUGAAUUUCAAUAAAAUUUUAAAACUCGUUA